AGUCUCUCCCCGCUCCCCCUGGAUGCACCGCCGGUUUCCAGUUACGGCGAUGUCGGGCGGUAGGGCGGGAGGAGCCGCGGUAGCGCUGCCACUGCCCCUGCUGCAAUGAGUGAUGCUGCCGGGGGCGGUGGCGGAGGAGGAGAAGCGCAGAGCCACCGCGGCUUCUCCGCCGGUGGCUGCGGGAGCAGCGGCAGUACCUCGGCCGGGCAGCUGCGGCAGGGCGCGACGACGGGCGGCAGGCUGCGGGCGGACAAGGGGCCCGGAGCCGGCAGCAUGCCGGCCGGGGAAAGGGACAAGGAAGAGGCGUUGCCACCUCCUCGCUCUGCCGCCCUGCUGCGGUGGGACGAGGUGCCCGAGGACUUCGUGGAGUGCUUCAUCCUUUCGGGCUACCGGCGGCUGCACUGCUCGGCGCAGGAGUGCUUGGCCUCGGUGCUGCAGCCUACCAACGAGACUCUUAACUUCUGGACCCACUUCAUCCCGCUGCUGCUCUUCCUCAACCGCUUCGGGCGGCUGCUGCUGCGGGGCGCCGGGGAUGUGCCCUUCCAUCACCCGGCCCUGCUGCCCCUCUGGUGCUAUGCCUCGGGGGUGCUGCUCACCUUUGCCAUGAGCUGCACGGCCCACCUCUUCAGCUGCCUCUCCCCGCGCCUCCGCGCCACUUUCUUCUACCUGGACUAUGCCUCCAUCAGCUACUACGGCUUUGCCAGCACCGUGGCCUACUCCUACUACCUGCUGCCAGGCCUGAGCCUGCUGGAUGCCCACGCCAUGAGCCACUAUGUGCAGCAGCAGCUGGGCUGGCAGCUGGACUGCAGCCUGCCCAUCGCGGCCUUCCGUGCCCUGGUGCUGCCCGUGGCCCUGGUGCUGGCCGUGGGCUGCACAGCUGCCUGCUGCCGCAGCCGUACUGCCUGCUGUGCCUACCCCUUUGCUGUGCGCACCUUUGUCUUCGCCAUGCCACUGAGCAUGGCCUGCCCCAUCAUGCUGGAGAGCCUCUUCUUUGACCUUCGCACCCGCAACCCCACUCUCUUCAUCUACUUCUACCGACGCUACUUCUGGCUGCUGGUGGCUGCCUUCUUCAACGUCAGCAAAAUCCCUGAGCGCAUCCAGCCAGGGCUUUUCGACAUCGUGGGGCAUAGCCAUCAACUUUUCCACAUCUUUACCUUUCUCAGCAUAUAUGACCAGAUGCACUAUGUGGAGGAUGGUCUGGCUGAGUUCCUCAAGGCACCCCAGGUUGCCCCCACCUAUCUGGGCACUGUGGGAUAUAUGCUGCUCCUGACGAUCUGCCUGGCCAUGGUCGUCAGGAGGUUCCUCAAUGUUGCAGAUCUCUGCAAGCAAGACUAGCUAGGUUGGCAACCCUCAGGACAGCAACCGCCAUACCAUUCAUCCUUGGGCUGGAGACCCUCGAGCUGAUGACCCUCAGACUGGCGACCCUCAGACUAGCAACCCUCAGACUGGCCCUGUCAUGUCCUGAAAGAUGCUGUGAAGCCUCGGGGAAAUGCACCUGUGGAAGAGCCAGGUCCCUUUUGCAGGAUGUUACCAGAGAAAAUGACCAUGGUGAAACUGCUUGUGCUCUUUAAACUACUAGGUUACCAAGGGAAGUAAACACUUACUGGUACGUUACUGCUUAGAGUAGAAGCUGAAAUAAUUUAGCUCUGCUUCUAGGAAGAAUGCAUGGACUGUGAAUGCCACUUACUAAUUUCGUAAGAAUUAGAUUUACAGUAGCUCUUGGAUAUACAUUAUAUAUAUUUAUAUAUCUAGCUAUAUAUUUAUUAGCUACAUAUAUAUAUGUGUGUAUAUAUACACACCUGAAGACACUUGUGCAAUGAUUACUCAGACUUGAUUAAUCAACUCCUACGUCAAAUUUCCUAGCAGAUUAUGCACUGGCAUUUAUCCUCCUCUGUGAUACUUUAACAAGCCUUUGCAGCCACAUACUGGAUUUUAAAUGCAAACAAAUCAAUAGCUAUCUAUAGUUUUUAAGGUCUUGCAGCCUUUUGAGCCAGGGAACAAUAGAUUCAGCAGAGAGAGGAAAACCAGCUGUGAAUUAUUACAAAAUUGCCAGCUGAUGGAGAGACUUUAAUUAGACAGUGAGUGGUUGGUGUAGCCACUCAGAUACUAUAAUAAAAUAAAGGGAUAGGUAAAAUAACUGAACCAGAAAGGGGCCAAACUACUUUGGAGUGCGGGCAGGGGGGAGAAGGGCACUGCAUAAUGGCAUAGCUCUUCCCCCAGCACGUCAGGAACAUCUGUUGUGUUAAGGAGGUUGCUAAGGGGCCCUUUUAUCUUCCCCGGUAAAUCACUCUCAAAUCGGCCCUUUAGCGUCAAAGUCAGAUGCCAGACUUUCUAUAAGCCCCUGCCAAGCUCGGUAGGAGUUUUGUGGAUGUAAAGAGAGGAGCUGAUGCAUGCGGUCUCAUUCGGGAUCUUUUAAAGAACGACAUGGAACUGGUUUCUCUGCUCUUUAAUUAGAAUGCUCUCAGAUUUACCAUUCUAAAAUUAGUUGCAGAAUAAGGUACCACUUAAUCUGAGUUCUGGACCUGAACUCUCUCUUUACGAGUACCAGAUACUGGCACUUUCUCAUCAUUCCCCACCUAUUCUUCUUUGGAUUGGUCGUGG